GAUAAUUCUUCAUUAUUAUUUUUCUAGCUAGCUUUGACUCUAUCACCUAUAUAAACACAGGCAUUGUUCUUAUUCUACUUAAAUAUAUCACCCACAUUUCCUAUAAAAAAAUAUAGGAUUCGUAUGGCAAACACUGAGAGAUUCGGUUCGAUAUUCUUACUCUUGUCGCACAAUAAUAUUAUCAAUCAAUUCAAUAAACUGUGAAAGAAGUCUCAUAACGAACCAAGCAGCAUUGUUUGUGUUUGGAGACUCAGUGUUCGACGUUGGCAACGACAAUUACAUCAACACAUUCCGAGCUGCUCAGGCCAAUGUUUGGCCGUAUGGUCAAACCACGUUCAAGUUCCCUACUGGGAGAAAUUCUGACGGCCGUUUGAUUCCAGAUUUUAUCGAACGUGAUACCAUUGGGAAGCCAGUUACGCAACUUCAAGAACGUAGAGAAGAUGUUUAAAGAGAAACUAGGAGAAGCAGAGACCAAAAGGAUAAUCUCGAGAGCUGUUUAUCUCAUUCAGAUUGGUCCUAACGACUAUUUUUAUCCCUUCUCCAUUAACGCCUCCCAUUUUCACUCCAAUAGCAAAGAAAAAUUCGUGGAUUAUGUUAUCGGUAACACCACGACUGUGAUCAAGGAUAUCUACAAAAGUGGAGGAAGGAAGUUUGGGAUCAUGAACAUGGGUCGACUCGACUGUGUUCCGGGAAUGCUAACAAUGGAUCCAACAAGAAUAGGAUCUUGUUUCGAACCUAUUACUGAGUUGAUAAAACUUCACAACGUAAGGAUUCCAAAUGUUUUGAGAGAUCUACAACGUCGAUUUCCCGGAUUCAAAUACUCCCUUUUCGACUCCUACACUGCUGGAACCGAAGCUAUUGAGAAUCCCAUAAAAUACGGUUUCAAGCUUUGGUUUAAGGAAGUGAGGAAGGCUUGUUGUGGACGUGGACCGUUCAGGGGAAGCAGUACGUGUGGGUACCGAUCAGGAAAGUCACGUGAUUUCGAGUUAUGCGAAAACGUUAGUGACUAUAUAUAUGUUCUUCGAUGGCUCACACACGUCUGAGAAGGCUAAUCAACAGACCGCUGAAUUGAUGUGGGACGGUCCGUCCGAUCUUGUUGGACCCGGUUCUCACAAACCAGGCCCGUUUGGAAAAUUCAAUCCCAACUAAGACAGUUUAAGCUCAUUUCCUAUUUUUCGAUAUUUCUUUUUUUCUUCGAGAGAUAAUUAAUUCCUGG